AAUCACGGGGACUAUGCUAAAUUGCUCGUCUUUCGAUUCUGAAAUAAAAAAGUUAUUAUUUUUUUCAUCUCUCGCGAAAGAAAUUUGUUUCCUUUUUUUAAUAUUAUUAUUACGAGAAGAAAUUUGUUUCCUUGAUACGCAGGGAAUGCAGCCAGUGAUCCUUUGGCUUUUGGGGUCUCCUCAAUAUUAGACCGGCAUACCCCAUGUGAGCAAUGGAGGGAGGCAUAUAAAGAGCCUCUCCCUCUCCCACAAUCGCUUUGAUCAACUUUUCAGAGAAAGAGAGAGAUUUAGUUCGUAGAGAGAGAAAGGGGUGUACAAAGCAGCUAGAGUCAAUCAGUGACCAUGUCUCUGGGCUAUGCAGAGAAACUUUCGUACAUAGAAGAUGUGGGGAAUGUAGGAAUGGCGGAACAUUUCGACUCGCCUUACAUUUUGCAAGAAAAAGUGGGGCUUUUUUGUUUUUCAUUCACAUUCUUGCUCCGUUGUUUGUUUGUUUGUUUUUUCAAUUUGAUUGUCAUUGUUCUUUCGGUUUGAUAACUUUGAUGAUCUUAAGGCACCCUGAUACCCAUGAACGUAACAUAGUUUUCUGUACUUAAACCUGGAGAAAGUAUGGUUAGUUUUCUGCUUCUGCAACUAUGUUCUAUUCAAACAUUUUUUAUGAGAUCUCAUUUAUUGGUUUUGGCAUUCAUGUUCUGGCUAAGUAGCAAUUGUAAUAUAAUUAUGCGUGGCAUUCUUGAUCAACUACCUGCUUGGGGACUUUGGAAGCUUCGAAAUACAUGCCUAGGGCUAGGGUUGUGGAGAUGCAGUUCAUAAUUAUUUAUAUUGCAUUCUGCAGAUAGUCGAGGUACAUCAUAAAUUCAUGUUCUUUAAAGUUGAGAGAGGGAAGGUGGCGGUUUGGGAUCAUCGAGGAUAUUAUAGAAAAUACCCAUCUUUUAUUUUUAUUGAUGGAGUAGAAAAAAUGCGAUGAAUUAUGGAUUUAAAUUAGGGUGUAAUUGGUUUUUAUGUGGUUUAAGAAGAAAAAAAUUGCACUUUGUUGACGACUCCAAAUAUAGCGUUAAGCUUAAGAUUUUAUUCCCCCCUUCUGGUCAUCUUCUUGGCAUCCAAAAAAUAAAACAACAAAAACAAGAAACCAGGCAACUCUUAGAGUGUGAGAAUAUGUUUGUUCAUUUCAUCACGCAGCAGUUGGAGGAACUGUGUUGACUUAUAUUCAUUCUAGUAGGAGAGUCCUUAUUCGUUUUGCCAAUUAUAAUUCCUACCCAGAGGAAGGUAUUAUGCAUUCGAGCUAACAAUUUCAUUUGAUCUCAUGUGCUUGUGCUCCUCUCAAAGUUUUCUUCCCGUGUUUUGUGUAAUGGAAUUUUUAAGUUUUUUCUUUCUAACGAUGCUGACCUCAACCUAUUUCAUUGUUUUGUUUUUUGUCUUGGCAGAUUGAACGACUGGCCAUGAUGAUACAAAAGAGUAAGCAUCUAGUGGUGUUUACAGGUGCAGGAAUAUCAACUUCUUGUGGUAUACCUGAUUUCCGAGGCCCCAAAGGAAUAUGGACACUUCAGUACAGCGUGAAGGUCAAGCCUUGCCUGAAGCAUCACUGCCGUUUCACCGUGCAAUGCCUAGCCUGACUCAUAUGGCAUUGGUUGAACUAGAGAAGGCUGGUAUUUUGAAGUUUCUUAUUAGUCAGAAUGUUGAUGGCCUCCAUCUUCGGUCUGGGAUUCCAAGGGAGAAACUUGCUGAAUUGCAUGGAAAUUGCUUUAUGGAAGCUUGCCCUUCCUGUGGAGUUGAGUACUUGCGGGACUUUGAGGUGGAAACUAUUGGUUUGAAGGAGACAUCAAGACGUUGUUCUGAUGUAAAAUGUGGAGCAAAACUUAAGGAUACGGUUCUUGACUGGGAGGAUGCCUUACCCUCGAAGGAGAUGGAUCCUGCUGAGAAGCACUGCGGGAUGGCUGAUGUUGUAUUAUGUUUGGGGACAAGUUUGCAAAUAACUCCAGCAUGUAACCUUCCUCUUAAAUCACUCCGUGGUGGGGGAAAGAUUGUCAUUGUGAAUCUUCAGAAAACUCCAAAGGACAAGAAAGCAAGUUUGGUGAUCCACGGGCGUGUAGAUAAGGUUAUUGCAGGUGUCAUGGACUCACUUAACCUGCAGAUUCCACCAUUUGUCAGGAUUGAUCUUUUCCAUGUCAUUCUAACUCAAGCCUUGAGUAUAGAUAAAAAAUAUGUGAACUGGACCCUCCAUGUAGCAAGUGUACACGGACACAGAGCUCCACUGCCAUUCAUCAAAUCUGUUGAGGUUUCCUUUUUGGACAAGCAUGAUUAUAAAGCAGCUAUUUUACAUAUGCAACCAUUUCGGUUAAAAAGGAGAACCAUGCGGACAAGAUCAUUUGAAUUGCUUUUGAAACUCAACUUCAGUAAUGGUUGUGGCUGUCAGUCCACUGAAAUUAAUAUCCCUGUUGACUUUAAGGUUUCAACUGAUUGUUUUAACCGUGAGAAAGAUGCCAUACUUAAGAAACUUAGAGACACAGCAAUUCGUGAUUUAUGCUGUGGACUGAAUGCAGUUAUUGAGAGGAAGGCCACCUUGACUCUGAAAAGUGAGGUUACUGUCUGUGCCAUCGUGACAAACAUUGUUCAACACAAUAAAACCUCCAAAGGUUCAGCAGAUUCUGUUGGUAACAGCGAUGUUAAAAGGCAAAAAGAAAUUGUAAACGGCACUGGAACAUCUAGGAAGCGGUCACAAGGUCGUAAGCGCAAAUUUAGAUUUUAGCAAAUGAAGGGCCAUGGUUUGGGUUUUAACUUUUGUAUAUAUGAGGUUGAUUAAGAGAGUAGCAAAAGUAAAUUAGGUAGGGACCGAGUGAAUUUUGUUAGAUGUUACACUCGGUCUCCCCGGCUAUGGGCGGGGGAAGCAGUGAUGGUUAGUGGGGGUUGGAAUGAUUUAUUUUGGCAAGCUGGAUCAUCUCGAGAUCAUUAAGCCAGCA